AUGGCGGCGGAGGAGCGCUACCUGCAGCUGCCCUCUGACGCCUCACCUCGAAGAGCAACAUGCAAGGAGGUGAUGCGAAAGCUGCUUCCCAUCAUCGAAUGGCUGCCAUCCUACAGAUGGAAGGAGAACUUGGUCAAGGAUGUGGCAUCCGGCGUCACGCUGGGGUGCGUGCUGUUCGCCCAGUCGCUGGCUCAUGCCGCCCUGUCUAAGGUGAGCUUGAUCACCGGACCAUACAGCUGCCUCUUGCCUCCCGUGCUCUAUUCACUCUUCGGCACAUGUGUUCAGGCCUCUGUGGGAACAGGCGGCCUGGUAGCAUUGCUUACAGGCGAGCAGCUUGGCCAAGUGUCAGGAGGUGAAGAGAGGCGGACGCAUGCUAGUGCCAUUUUCACUCUGGAAGUUGGGCUUGUCAUAGGCUCUAUGGGUGUUUUUCAGCUGGCUUUCCUGGUGCGAUUUCUUUCCAAACCUGCUCUAAGUGGCUUCAUCACCGCCAGUGCCAUACUCAUCAUCCUUUCCCAAAUCAAGCCGGCGAUCGGCUUGCCGAAGACAGAUGUGGGAGGAAUCUUCGACAUCAUCUUGACGCACCCAAAGGAGAUGGAUGAUGUGAACCCUGCAACUAUUGUGUUCAGCAUCUGUAUUUGGCUCUUUCUACAUUUUGCGAAGAGGCUGAAGUCCAUGGGCUCGUGGCUGAAGGUGGUCGCGGAAUUUAAGGAGGUCGUCUUGCUCGUGAUGUCGGCACUUAUCGCAAGCAGGAUUGCAGAGCCCUUCGGCAUCGCUGUCAUUGGCCAUGUUCCCGAGGGGUUCCCCGCGCUGGCGUGGCCGCUACAGACAAGUGACGAUUGGCAGAUUGCGAAGGAGCUUUUUCCCGGGGCCGUGAUGCUUGCCCUGGUGAACUUCCUUUCGUCUUUUGCAGCUGCGAGGAAGUUUGCGAUGAAGGCAGGUUACCAAGUGGUGGCUGUCAAUGAGCUCCUCGCGCUCGGAGCAGCGAAUGUGGGUGGUGCCAUGUGCGGGGCGGUCCCAACUCAAAUCGGCCUCAGCCGGAUGGGAAUUGCCAGUGCCAUUGGGGUGAGGAGCCAGUUAGGUGCGAACAUAUUCGUGGCCUGUGUGAUUGCAGUGAUCCUUCUACUUCUGAGUCCAUACAUCUACUAUGUGCCGAGGUGUGCUCUGAACAUCAUUAUCAUCUUGGGGGCGUCCUCGCUCACGGAGUUCAAUCAUGCCGCAUGGCUGUGGUCUUUGCGGUCAACACGCACGCGCCAGCGAACAUAUGUCGUGGACUAUGCUGUUUGGUGGGUGGCCUUUCUCUUCACGCUCUACCUCGGAGCCUUAAAAGGUAUCCUCGGUGCGGUGGUCGUGUCUUUGGUGUUGAUUGUGUACCAAGUGGCCGACCCACCCAUCACAACUUUGGGCUACUGCGAAGAGCGCGGGCGGUGGUUAAAUGUCAAGGAGAGGAAAGACACUACACAACGGCUGGGGAUUCUUUCAUUCCGUCCGGAGGGCCCGCUUUUCUAUGCUAACGUGGAACGCUUGGAGGAGUGGCUCGACGAAAUGGAGAUUUCUGCCAGUGCUGAGGGAAGGCCGCUGAAAUCCAUCAUACUUUCGGCGGCAUCCGUGCCUUUCAUGGACACCUCUGCAGUUGAAGCGCUAGGGAUGAUGCUUGAGGCAUAUCGCAAGCGGAAGAUAGCGUUCUUGAUCGCUCACGCCUCUGGCCAGCCGCGGCAGAUACUGCUGCAUGUUCUAGGCGAUUACAUGCCGGAGGGUUGCCUCACAACGCCUUGGACGGUGGAGGAAUGUGUGCAGUUUCUCUUGCAGCAGAACCAGGAGAACCUUCAGGCGGUCGAUGAGUCGUUGGGCUCCUCACCGGCGCUGUCUGCCAUGCUCUCUCCACAGGUCCGAAGCAUUCCUCGUGUGACAUCCAUCCCACAACAACUCGCAGUGGACGAAGAGGAGCUUGAUGAACAUGAAGAUGGCAAGCGCUUGCAAAUUCGGCCGCUUCGGGCCUCCGCGGUCUUUGCCUCCAGUUCGAACCUCCUGUCCUUGCCGGCGAAGUGA